CCUGCGGAAGCUCCGGCGGCCCGGCUGGCCCCGCCGAUCAGGUGAGGGGCUGCUCGCAGCUUGGGCUCGACGGCGCUCCUGCCCGCUCCGGCCCCGGCGCCCUCGGACCGGACCCCACCGGCUCUCUCCCCAGGGCAGAAGCGGCGGAGGCGGUCCGCCAGGCUCCUGGUUGGGCGCCCAGGACCUUCGACGGAGGAGAGGGGGGUGCCUGAACCAUGAACCCCCACCCGCGGCGCAUCCGCCUGAAGCCCUGGCUGGUGUCUCAGGUGAACAGCGGCCUGUACCCGGGUCUGCGCUGGGUAGAUCCGGAGCAGAAAAGGUUUUGCAUCCCCUGGCGCCAUGCCACACGUCACAUGCCCUGCCAGGAUGACGAGAACACGAUCUUCAAGGCCUGGGCCAAAGAAACGGGGAAAUACAACGAGGGCGUGGAUGAGCCGGAUCCGGCCAAAUGGAAGGCCAACCUGCGUUGUGCCCUCAACAAAAGCCGGGAGUUUAGUCUCAUCUACGACGGGACCAAAGACACGCCGAUGCAGCCCUACAAGAUUUACGAGGUCUGCGACGCCCCCCUGCCCAACGGAGAGAGCUUUGCUGGAGAAGAGCCCGCGGGGUGUGAAGAAGAGGAAGAGCUCCAGAAAAUGAUGCCCACCUUAAGGAUUGCAGAUCCAUCGCACAUCGCAGAGCCCCUGCCCCCCUACCCGUGGAUCAAGCAAGAGACCCUCUACACCAACUCAUGCGCCAAUGGGACCUUCCCCCACUUGGCUCCCCCAGAGGUGGGGCCUGUAGCCUCGGCACCAGCGCCCGUGGGGGCCUUCGCGGUAGGAGGGGAACCUCCAGUGCCCAGUUUUGGCGACUCUGCAAGCCGGAUGCCGCUGAUGCCCGAGAGCGUAGCCAUGCCAGGGACUCUGGAGCCCCUGUCCGAGGGGGGAUGUCCCGCAGCCCCCAUCGAGCAGUUCAUUCCGAAUUUAUUGAUCAGCCCCCACAUGCUGCCAUUGACCGACCUGGAGAUCAAAUUCCAGUACCGCGGACGCCCGGUGGGAGCCCUGACCAUCAGCAACCCGCACGGCUGCCGCCUCUUCCACAGCCACCUGGAGCCCACCCAGGAACAGGUGGAGCUCUUUGGGCCGGUGACUUUGGAGCAGGUCCGUUUCCCCAGCGCCGAGGCUGUCCCCAACGAGAAGCAGCGUUACUACACCCACCAGCUGCUGGACGUCUUGGACCGCGGUCUCAUCCUGGAACUACAAGGCCAGGACAUUUAUGCCAUCCGGUUGUGCCAAUGUAAAGUCUUCUGGACCGGCCCGUGUGCCGGAGACCUGGCUGGGCCCAAUCCCAUUGAACGCGAGAAGAAGGUCAAGCUUUUUAGCCUGGAGAGCUUCCUCAACGGGCUCAUCAUGUUCCAGAAAGGCCAGAGCCCCACACCUCCCCCCUACGAGAUCUUCUUCUGCUUUGGGGAAGAGUGGCCGGACCAGAAGCCCAAGGAGAAAAAGCUGAUCACAGUCCAGGUUGUCCCCGUCGCCGCCCGGCUCCUUUUAGAAAUGUUCUCCGGAGAACUGUCGUGGUCGGCCGACAGCGUCCGCCUGCAGAUUUCGCACCCGGAUCUCAAAGACAAAAUGGUUUUGCAAUUCAAAGAACUGCACCAGCUCUGGCAAAUGCAGCAAAACAUGCAGGAGGCGGGGCCCAGCAGCUGGGAAAUGCAGACCGGGGGAAACGGCAUGCAGCAGUGAGAUGCCGAGACACACACACACACACACACACACACACACACAAAUCCGGUGGCAUUUGGAUGGCCCCAUGCCCACUAGGCAUGCCAACUC